AUGGUGACGACAGUCGGCAUCAAGGGCAAGAAGCCCAAGGAUGGCAUCUACGCCCUUAAGCAGCUGGUGCUCGAAUCCGCGCCCCCUGAGUUCCUCCCGUUCAGGGAGGAUGUGUUGGGGUAUAUUCGUAGCGUUGGCAGCGAGAGUGAGGCCAGCGAUGUUUGGAUUUCGAAGCUGGCGCCACGCCUGUUGGGUGACGAUGAGCCCGUGCCAGACCUCGCUGCAGUCCACCGGGCGAGCGCCAAGCGUAGCGGCACUGCCAAGGGAUCGAACGCCGACCUCAACGCAGCCGACGGCAGCGUACUGGCAUCAGGUACGCCCGACGUGCGGCCGGCUUUGUCGGGGGAUGCGCCGGUGCCCGAAGGCAAUUCGUGGGAUAUCGAGAACGCCCUGGGUGCAGCCAUCCACUCCUUCAUGGCCGCCGGGGCGGCGAAGGCGCUGGGGAACACCACCAGUUCGCAUGCGCCACCUGCGACCCAGGGGACGCCGUUCGGCGCGCCGGGGGUGAGGUCCAUGCAGUCGCAAGUGCUGGGCAACAUAACUGAGAACCAGCGCAGGGCCUCGUUCGAGAAGCUGCUGGAGUCGUUGAACAACAGCGGCGACGAUGAAAAGGAUCCUUCGGGCCCCGCUCAAAAGGCGAAGCCUGCAACUGGUAUGGAUGGAGGUAAGGAUGCACUUCCCGGCGGAUUGGGCGCUGCCCUUACUCACGCAGCCACAACUCGUGUGGACAACGCCGCCGUGUUGGCGUCGAAUGCGAUUAAAUUGCCAGUGCCGCCACGUGUAAACCCCGUGCCGGCAGCUGUUGCAGUGGGCAGCAUCGCGGGGGCCGGGCUUGGUUCCACGGCCGUGGUAGUAGAUCCGUCCCAGUUGGCAGACCCCGCUGCCGCGCUCAGUAGGUCACAUGCGCAGCCCGAGAAACAGGCCUUAGAGAGGGGAAAAGAACGUCCGCGUAGUGUCAGGGCAAAGAGUAAGGAAUCUAGUCAGCCUGGCACGCCCUUUUCGCGUAAGGAUGAAGUCAUUGACUGCGGGUCUCCCGUGGUAGGGGAGCACCUGGCUGAGGUGGAUACGGAUCUUUUGGGAGGAGACGCGGCUGGGAAGCGUGGGCUGCGCAAGCUGAACGCGCGUCGGAUUGUUGAUCGGAAGUUGGUGUGGCCGCUGAACUGCUGGGUCUGCAGGGAGCCCAUGGAUCGUAUGCACCCAUACGUGGUCUGCAAUUCCACUUGUAAGCGUGCGUACCACGCUUCCUGCGAGGCUAUUGCUGCCCUCAAGCUCCGGUUGCAAAUAAAGCCCAUUGACGUGGAGACGCCCGCGCUGCCUCGGGGUCGAAGUGCCCGGGGCGCCGCCCGUGGGAGAGGCAGGAGCAGCGUCCGUGCAAGUAGCCGUAAGGGCAACGUGGGCGCUCCUGAUUCCCUGAGCCCGGAACGUGUGCCCGGAUCGGCGGAUGGCAACUACACGGCGGGCAUGGAAGGCUCGAGCUUGCAAGAAGCGUACGCUUCGGCUGGACGUAUUGGCUCCACCGACAGUGCACCCAGAUUACGCGCAAGUGGUAGUGGUAGCGCUGCCAGCCGGGCUGGUUCCGUGAGUGAACAUGCGACGGGCCUGUCAGGCAGGGAUGCUUCUUUGCGGGGAAUCGGCGCCGUUGACGGCACCCGUAAUAGACAUGCAGCAAACGAUAACGACAAAAAUGAGCUCGAGGUGUCAACAGAAUGGCGCAAGCUGGUCCCGUCCUCGACCGGCUGGACCAGGGUGACCCCCAACUGCAUCUCCCGGGAGUGCAGCUUUUGCAUAAAUUCGUACGCGGGGUGUUCAGCGUGUUUCAAGUUCGUGGCCAUAAAGGACCUGUGCCGCUGCGCCAUGGAUGGAUGCUCGACCUUUUACUGCUACCCUGCCUGCCUGCGCCAAGUGCGCCUGGUCGUACCUGAUGUGCAGAUCAUGGAGAUACACCAGCUCGUUUACGGCAACGUCGAUCGGCUGCUGGACGAGAACAAGCGGCCCAUCUUCAUCUGUCACGGCCACACGUGCUGGAGUUGCUACGACUGCGACCGCUACUCCUAUUUGUGGGAGACCCUGUGGCGCAUCGAGGCGAACCGCUCGGAGACGGACUACAUGAACACGGCGUGGCAGGACCUGCGGAAGACGUGCCGCGGCAAAGUUGAGACCGCGCACUUCGCGAAGGGGAAGAAGCUAACACGCCCACUGGUGUACCCCGAUCUGCGCUUGUACAAGACCUACAUGCAGUCCCGACGCUUCGCAAUCCACGGGGUGUCUGGCUCGACGGCAUCGAAAACGCUCUACCCGCCAUCCGACGACGAGGACCGCGCCACGUUCCACCAAGUGACCUCCAACGUGCUGAUGCGUUGUGUGCGCUGUGAGCGGACGUGGUGCACGCACUGCCUGCAUCCCGACGUGCGCAUCCUCCAGAAUUCCGGGAAGCAGAUGAUUUGCCAGGACUGCAUCCACGUCGAGAUGGUGCAAGCGCUGUCUCAGGACCGCGUCGAACGUAGUUCGCAGCACGAGCUCAUUGACCCCAAGGUCAUGGUCCCCAGCAGGCACCCACUGGAUGUUUAUAACACGGUGUCAUCCUACAUAGCCUCCCAGGGCCUCUACCAGAGCAAGCUUGCCGUUAAGCCCCAUUUCCUGGACCCGGGGUCGUUUUACCACGUGCCAGACGCCGCUGAGCUGGCUGCGACGUGCCCGCGAAAGAUUCGCUCUGAUGCCGGGAAGACCCGAGCUCGUGGCGCUGCGGCUUCAAAGGCCGUCAACGCCGAUGGCGCUGAUAAAGUCAACGACUGCAAACGGGAGGCGAUUGAUGUGGUCCCGCGGGCAAAGGCGGACGGUGCAAGCGCUAGCGGAGGUAAGCGGGGCGCGCAAAACGGCCCCAAGGGCGAGAAAUCUAGCGCUAACGCAACGGGCAGUGCCCCAGGUGUGAAAGGUGCCUCAGGGACUAAAACGAAUGUAGAUACUAAUGCGGCCACCACUCCGAAGAACUUGGUAAAAACGGAAGGCUCGAGUUCGGCGAGCCUGGGGAACGCAGGAGCCACGCGCGUAACUUCGGGAAGUGUGGAUGGUGGUGCUGUAAACCAGCCCGCUAUGGCCGAAAAAGCAAAUGGAAGUGAACUUAUCAGACAAGGUGGUAUGGCCGCCGCUGUCAACACCGUCUCUACCGGCCUAAACCUGUCGAACGCCAUGGGGCAGCCUCCUGUCAUGCCCGGGGGCCUGCCUAAUCCAGCAGCGCAGGUUACUGCAGCCAUGUCGCCUACCAACGCUACACAGGCAGGUGCCGGCGGUGCACAAGUAGUCGUCGGUGAAUUUGGCGCCAGCGUGGAGAUACCCGUGGGAUCUGCUGAGGCACUCGACGGCCAACAGUUGCCUGCGCAGGGUGAAAAGCGCCGUCGGGGCCGUCCACGUAACAGCACGGAGAAGUCUCCGAGUUCAGCUCGCCAAGCCAAGCUUCCACAGGAGGGGGGCGACACACCGGUGCAGGAGGGCGAAGAGGUUCAACGCAGGAAAUACGUUCGGCGCGCCAAGACUGAAAAAGGUCUCAAACCCGCCAAGACCACUAAGGCAUCCAAAUCCGGCCGUUCUGAAAUGUCAAGCGACGACGAAGGGGAUGCCAGGCCGAAGAGGGCUACACGGCCCACGGCAGUCCGCCAUCCGCUGAUCGCCUCGUCUCGACGCGAGCUGCGGGCGCAGGUCCGGACGCGCCUGAAUCGUAUGCACUCCAAGGAAUUCAACGUCAUGGUGCGCGAAGUCGACCCGUUGGUCGUUUUGCGUCUGUGCAGCGAGUUCCGCUACAUGACCAGCAACCUCAUUACGGAUGACUCGCUGCGCUCGAUAUCAGGCGUGCAGGCGUCCACCAAAUGCUCAUGCACGUACGGAUGCUCGUCCACCUGCGCAAACAUCGCUCGCCACGUCGAGUGCAACAACGUGAACUGCAACCUGGGCGACUUCAACUGCGGCAACCGGCGCUUCAAGCACAUGGGCAUCCCGAAGCUGCGCCUGCGCAUGGUCGAGGGCAAGGGAAUGGGCGCGUUCGCGGCGGAGGACAUCGAUGAGGACGAGCUGGUGUGCGAAUACGUGGGGAGGGUGAUUACGCAGGCGCAGUUCCAGCGCUGCGUGAGCAGCUGGAGCUUCGCCGAGCUGGACAACGCCAACCAGAGCCACUGGUACAUCAUGAAGGUGCACAAGGACGUGUACAUCGACUCGACGAACAUGGGCAACGUUGCGCGCUUCAUCAACCACUCGUGCGAGCCCAACUGCUCGAGCGUGCCCUUCUACGUCAACGGCACCUUCCGCAUGGGGGUGUUCGCCCAACGGCGCAUCGCCAAGGGCGAGGAGGUGACGUACAACUACGGGUUCUCCUCUCGUGGCGUCGGCGGCGGGUUCAAGUGCCUCUGCGGCGCUAAGAACUGCCGCGGGAUAGUGGGUGUGCAGCCCGACACCACUGCCGAAACGCUGCAAGAAAUCGAAAUUGCGAAGGCCAGCGGCCUCGAGUACGAUACCCUGAGCCAGCUCAUGUACGACAUCGCGUCCAUGCACGGGUGCAAGAGCGAUGUCAGCAGCAUGAAGAACAGCCCGUCACCCAUCGACAUCCUCAACGGCAUCCGGACCACUGGUGACCUCUACCGUUACGAGAAGUCACAAACGCGCCUCAGGCUCAAAGGCGAAAGCGACUUGGGGUCGGGGCUCGUCAUGCCCAUUAGCCCCGUCACCCUGGUGGUGGAGGACAGCAUGCAGUUGAAACACUCGCAGCUGAACUACGCCAAGCUGCUGGUGCUCGGCGGCCGCACGAUGAAGGAGUGGGACAUGGCAAACACGAAGGAAUUUGCGGCCGGCAUCCCUUGGGGCAUCAUCGCGCUCGAGAACAACAAGGCCACCAUGACGAAGAGCUUGGAGUCCGGAUGCGCGUUCCCCGACUUCUACUCCCGAGCCAAGCGCUACAUACAGACGAUGUGCAUGGCGCUGUCGCGCCAGUGCGCCGGCAACCAGGGCUGCGAGAACGUACAGAGCCUCAUGGAUCUGACCUGGGGCGCCACGGAACCCUGCUACGUGUGCAACGGCUACGGGGACUGCAAGAACUGCGACCACUGCGGCGACGUAUUACACGACGAUAACGCAUGUGGCGAUUUCUACGUGAACCGCGCCGGCAUGAACCUCUGCAACGUCUGCCAGAACAGCGACCACCGGCUGGCGUGGCUGCUCUCCAGCGACAUCGCCAAGGAGUCGAUGGCCAUGAGGCUGUGGCGGCUCCGGAUGGAAAUGGCUUACCGUCAGUCGCGCGCGACGUUCCGGUCGCUGGUGGCGCAGCACAAGGCCUCGGCUAACGAGAGCGCGGAGACCGGUGGCUCACAGUCCCGCGUCUACCUCCGCCCUGAGGCGUUGCUGUGCACGCGGCGCGAGUUGGAGCGGUUCAACAAGAGCCCCACGGCCUUCUACGACAUGCAGGUGAAGUACCACACCCAGUGCCAGAACGCGCUGAGCAACUACGAGUGCUUCUGGUGA